AUGGCUUCACAUGCUGCUCGGCGUGACCCUCAUCGUCGCAGGCUUCGUGCAAGUCAACUUGGGCUUGGAACGGUACGGCAUCACGGACGGAGCGAUCCGUUGGGCUUACUUCGGGUGUCUGGGCGUGUGGGUACUGGCUUACUUCGGGUCCCUCGCCGUCUCGCUUGCGAGGCCUGCCUCGCGCCCGUCGGCGCCACCGCACCACCACCGCCAUCGACGAAAGAAGCGCCGGCCGGUAGUGAGGAAGCGGCGCCGGAAGAAGAAGCGGAGGAGGCGGUACGACAGCUCGUCGUCGGAGGACGAGUACGAGUCGGACGACAGCUCGAGCUCGGGGUCGAGCGCGAGUUCGAGCGGGUCGAGCAGCAGGAGCAGCGGGAGGAGUCGGAGGCGUUGAGAAGCGCGAGGGAUUGGGCGCAGGAGAACAGCAGCAGGGGGCGGAGAUCUUCGCAACAACGCUUGACAUCUGGAGCGGUGCGGGGUCGGUUGAAUGCCGGAGAUUCCGGUCUGCCAGGUCAGCCCUGUCGACCGUUGCAGGGGUGCAGCAUCGUCCAAGUGGGCGACCCUUCUUCCUCGACCGUGCACUCGCUUCAGCCGCCUUAUCCCUUCCCUUCUUCGGAUGCGCCCGUCGAUCCAGCCGCGACAACCUACCAUGCGACUGGCAUUCCCUAUCAACCGCAGCUCUAUCCAACUCUUCCUUCCGCCUCUUCCUUGCCUUCCGCCUCUCGACCGGUUUCAGCCGGACUCGACCAGACUUUCUCGAUCUUGCCGAACCCGUCUCUUCCCGUACCCUCGCUCCCGCCGCCUCUGCCCAGUUCUUCCAGCCUGCCCUUCCGUUUGCCCGCGGAGCAGCCGUCCUCUAGCACCCUACAAAGCGACCUGUUCGCCUCGAAGCGGACUCGACGAGCGUCUUCAGCUGCGACAGCGACGGGGAUGAAUCUCCCAGCCGCACUCGGUCAAGCAGGCGACAUGGUCAAGGCCAACUCGAACCCGAACAAGAAGCUCACGGUCGACCUUCCCGCCGUCUGCGUCGUCUGCUCGGAACCGAUCGCCCGCCUCAUCUGUCGCGGCAAGCGGGCAGAGCUGAACGUCCCACAUGCGGCGGCCUUCACCUGCCUCCGCUGCUGGGAGUCGUCAAACGAGGCGUCGCCUAUGGCCGAGUACUCCCCCGAAACUACGACCACCGCCCUUCCCGCCGAAGACGCCGGCUCGCCCCCCGUCGCCGGUCCUUCCCGCCGCCCCUCCGUCGCCCGCGCCAAAGGCCCUUCCUUCCGCCGCCGCAACAAGCGGCUCGACGACCGCUCGACGCCCACCGCCUGCGACGUCUGCUUGCGCGACAUCGCAGUCGGCGGCGUCCUCCCUCUCCCGCUCGACGACCCUCCCCCUCACGCCAGAAUCGCCUUCAUGAUCGAAGUCGUCUGCUCGUCUUGCGACUCGCGCUACCGACGAUGCACAGAUUGCGGCGGAGGAGGCGGAGCACGCGCAGGGACGGGAAAGUGGCGCUCGAAAGAGCUGUUUGUCCAAAACCGCAAGACUUGCGUCCUGAAUCAUCAGCGGCUUGGGGCGUUUCCGGCGAUGGAGUAUAGCGUGUGGAGGAAUACGGAGAUUCCGAGGGACGAGGUGGACGAGUUGUCGGCGCAGUUGAAGGCGUUGUUCAUCAACGCCAUGCUCGCAGGCCUCUGCAUCCCGGAGAUCAUGGAGCAGGACGGCGCGAUCUGGACGACGUAUGCGGAAGCGUCGGAACACGCUCACGGCGGCUGGUUCGGCUUCGACCCGAUCCUUCGCAACGACAUCGAGUCGACGCACAACAUCCGCCGCUACCUCGCCUUGCGGACUUGCACGCCCAACCUGCGCAAGACCAGCAAGCCGACCAAGUCGAAGGCGUCGGAUGCCUCGACUUCCGAGUCGCCUGAAGACGUGCGAGGGCUGCCGCUUCCGCCGAUUGGUAGCGGCUCGAAGGGGGGCACGAUCUUGAAGGAGGGGAGGGAGAUUGCAGGAUUCGUGCUGGCGGAAUCCGAGCUGUCGGCCGGAAGCCUCUUCCUCUCUCUCGUCUUGCCUUGGGAUCCGACCGGCGAGAUCUUCGACGCGACAAGUUUGAUGCUCAGCUCGCUCGUCCAACGGGCGGACGCGGAUAUCAGGGCUUUGAACGCGGAGAAGCUGGCGAGGGGCGAGCCGGCGAUCCCAAAUCUGCGGCACGUCUGGACGAUGCUCUUCUUCAAGCCGUCGUCGAGGGUGCUUUCCUCGCUGAUCAAGAAGCGCGGUUUUAUGCUUCUUGAGGAUUAUCUCCAAGCACAUCCCGAUACGCCUGCCACGCUCUUUCCGCCUCACCGCCAAAUCUACCUCCCUCCCGACCGCCAGCAAGGCUGGACCAUCCUCGUCCGCCGUCAGCGCGAACACAGCGACGGCACCUUUCUCGACGACUGGGGCGCGCGCAGGGCGGCCGACGAGGAGCGCGGGAAGAAGAAGGAGAUCCGCGCGGCGGCGGUUGCUGCGAGGGAGAGGCAGCAGCGGAACGGCGGGUGA